AAAUACGAAAAAUAUGGACCUAGAAUCGUUUCGCUCAAAGUAUAGCGAUCUAACAGUCACCGCUUUGCCUCCUGGCGGAAAGAAGAAGGAAUCAACGAAGGCCAACGAAGAGGACAUCAAGAUGGCAACUGUGGAGGAAAAACCGCCACGCGUUGAGAUUACUCGUGUAUCAUCUGGUAAUGGCACUGCAUACGGACCCCCCACAUCAACUUUUUUAGGCGGUUCCUCAUCGUCCUCUGCUGGCGGACCAGCACACGGACCUAGCUCUGGAGUAUUUGCAUCGAACCACCGCGGCGGUUCUAUAUUGGAACCAUCCCCAUCGACCCCUGCUGACGGGUCUGGCUCCUUGCGCACCCGAUCGCGGCAGCAGACUGCCGCCGCCUUGGCCUACGCCUGCGAGUACAAGCAGGUGAUGGCUAAACUGGAUUACACGAAGUUCAUGCAGGCCAAGCUGAAGCAGCUGUCCGCAUCGCAGGGCCAAAAUAACGCCGGAGCAGCUCACAAUAGUGUGAUGACAUCGGAGAAAAUCGUCGUUGCCGACGAGGAUGUCCAAGGGAACAUUGUGGACACAUUUGACAAUCUUGUGUCCGUUGUGGGGAAGAUGAAGGCCGUUUUGAACCCCACCGUCAUGGGGAUGCGGUUCGCCUCGGAGCGUAUGCUGCAUGAGAUAACCAAUGCCCGUGUCGUGGUCAAGACGGGUCAAAUAAUUCUAAAGCGCGAAGAACUGGAUACUUCAGUUACUCCCUCCGACGAGUGACGUCAUCCGGUGCAGGUUCACCGCCACUCGUUUUACGACAUUUUUCAGUGAGUGCCAUACUAAAAGAACAAUAAAACAAUAACAAAACGCGGGGAGUUCUGGGAAC